AUGAGGACUCUACUGACCAUCCUGGCUGCGGGAUCCCUGGCUGGCUUGGCAGGGGAGGGGGUCUAUGAGUCCAUUUGCUCACCCUACUCCCAUCCCCCUGCAGCCCACAUUGCUGAGAACACCUCGAAUCUUCUUCAGCACGUGAAAUUCCAGUCCUACAACUUUGAAAACAUCCUGACGUGGGACAGCGGGCCAGGGAGCACCCCAGACACGGUCUACAGCGUGGAGUAUAAGACGUACGGAGACAGCAAGUGGCUGGCCAAGGAGGGCUGCCAGCGGGUCACCUGGAAAUCCUGCAACCUGACCGCGGAGACAGGCAACCUCACCGAGCUCUACUACGCCAGGGUGACCGCCGUGAAUGCAGGGGGCCAGACAGCCGCCAUGAUGAGCCACCGGUUCAGCCUGCUGCAAGACACUACCAUCAAACCGCCUGAUGUGACCUGUAUCCCCAAAGUGAGAUCUGUCCAGAUGGUUAUCCAUCCCACCUCCACGCCCAUUCAUGCAGAGGACGGCCGUCAGCUAACCCUGGAGGAGAUCUUCCAGAACGUGUUGUACCGCUUAGAGCUCCAGAUCAACCGCACCUACAAAAUGCACCUCGAAGGGCAACAGAGAGAAUACGAGUUCCUUGGCCUGACCCCUGACACGGAAUUCCUUGGGAAUAUCAUGAUUUGUGUUCCAAACUGGUCCAAGGAGAGCGCCCCCUACAUCUGCCGAGUGAAGACACUGCCAGAUCGAACGUGGACCUACUCCUUUUCGGGCGCCUUCUUGUUCUCCAUGGGCUUCCUUGUCGCUGUGUUCUGCUACCUGAGCUACAGAUACGUCACUAAACCGCCUCAGCCACCCAACUCCCUGAAUGUCCAGCCAGUCCUGACCUUCCAGCCGCUGCGGUUCGUCCAGGAACACAUCCUGAUCCCCGCCUUGGACUUCACCUGCCCCAGUGGCCUGGCCCAGUCAGUCCAGUACUCCCAGGUGAAGGUGUCCAGGCCCAGGGAGCCCCCAGGAGCCCUGCAGCUGCAUGACCUGCCUGAGACCACCUACUUUGGACAGUCAGACAUCUCUGUCCUUCAGCUUCAUGACGUGCCACCUCACCAGACACUCUCCCCACUGUCCUAUGCUCCGCAGGCUGGCCCCGAGGUCAGGCUCCCAUCCUACACACCUCAGACCACCUCCGAAGCUGAGCUUCCAUGCUACACUCCACAGACAAUCUCCAAGGUCCUGCCUCCCUCCUGUGCCCCUCAGGCCACUCGGGACAGCUGGCCUGCAUCCUAUGGAGUGUGCAUGGAAGGCUCUGGAAAAGACUCCCCGCCUGUGCCACUCUCUACUCCCAAGCACCUCAGGCCUAAAGGUCAGCUCCAGAAAGAGGUUCCGGUCAGAAGCUACAUCCCGGAUGGCCUUUCUCUGCAAGCCUUGACCUCCUUGGCUACGGAGGAGCCUCAAGAAGCAAAAUCCUCCCACCAGUAUCUGGGAGCUCACACGGACAAAGUGCCUGACCUGGAUGGGGAGCCAGGGAUGCCAGGGUACCUAAAAGGCCAGCUCCCCUUGCUCUCCUCUCUUCAGAUUGAGGGCUGCCCUAUGUCCCUUCCUUUGCACACUCCUUCCCCUCCACAAUCUCCCUCAGGCCAGAGUCCAAGUCACUGGGGCCUGCUAGAGUCCCUUGUGUGCCCUAAGGACGAUGAGGCUCCAGUGUCCAAGACAGACAUCAAGAACGCAGAGCCUCAGGCCCCAGACCUGGAGCAGUCUGUCGAGCUGGAGUCCUUUUUCAGAGGCCUGGCCUUGACCGUGCAGUGGGAGGCCUGAGGGGAGAAUGGUUGGCGGAGGGCUUGCCUCCCUGUGCCCGCCGACCUCACGUCCUCAGUCAUCACACCCAACCAUGCACACACUCUGCAGCCCAGCUCCAAGUGGGCGCCCUUGAGAGAACCAGAGGGAGGGGACACUGGGCCCCUGCCACGGUGAGCUUCCCUUGUCAGAACAAAGAGACGUGAUAAGGAGCUGCCGGAGGGUGUGUAGCAUGUGCAAAUGAGCAAGUAUAAGGGCCCUGGGAGGCAGGACCGGACAGUCAGAGAGCGAGGAGUUAAUGCAGGGAGGCAUCCCAGAGAUCCAGGCCCCACUUCCUAAUAGGCUGGCUCAAAGCUCUCCAGGAGCCUGGUUCUCAGCACCCCAGCACCCCGUUCCCGGCCAGCUUCAUCAUCUAGUUUGACAGAACGCUAAGGCCUCUGCCUCCUCUGUGAUUCCCCAAAGGUGAAAAAAGGAGCCUGGAAAAGGAUGCCUCACAGCAGGCUGGGCAGAAC